AUGGCUGGAACCGCGAAACCUCCAUCCUCUCCCGAAGUGCAAAAUGCCUUAGCCCGCGCCAGAGAGUCUGAUUCUGGUCCUGACGCUGAUACUAUGGCUAUACUUGAAGGCUCCGUCCACGGUCUAUGGCACCGUAUCCGAACUGAGCCGGAAUACGUGCUCAAUCAAAAGGAAUUCGCCUUGUUCAACUACUUUAUUAUACGCUAUAAAAAGGAGCCUGAGUGUAAAAGAGCCGUGGAGCAGUUUUGGAAUCAUUAUCGCGCAGACGACUCGGCCACCAACGGGAGCAAGACUUAG